GGCGAGCAGACUGGGACACUCACCUCUCAUCAGAGCUGGCUGAUCUUCUGUUCUCCUUUCCUCGGCCCCCUGCGUCCAGCUCGCUCGGAGGGACAUGGGCAGCACGGAACCCUCCAGCAACUUCCUACGUCUCGUGUCAGAAGAGAUGGACACCUCCGAAUUAACUGUGGUGUUCUGCGACGACAUGCAGCAGCCGUUCUGCGACCAGCCGCCCGGGGGCCAGUCCAAGCAUCAACAGGGCUGGCCGGGGGGGUCAGCCCAGGGGCAGGGAGCCGACGAUUAUGUCUGGGGCCUGAGCAGAGACAGGGACCCCAACGUGCCUCUCAGAAAUCUGCCCCUGACGAUGCAGGAGAAGAGGGACACCAGGGAACGUCGGCACCUGCAGCGGCGCUCCAUUGGCUGCUGGGAGUCGUGGAGGCGGAGCCAGAGCAUCAUGAGGAGGCGGUGCCUGGAGCAGAUGUGGCAGUUCCUGUCAGGGCUGCAGCCGUGGAGACGUACCCUGCACAGCAUUGAAGGCAAGUUUGGUGUAGGUGUGAAGGUAUACUUUGCCUUCCUGCGAUACCUGGUCUAUCUUAACCUGAUCAGCUGCUUGCUGACUGGGGGGCUGAUACAGGCCCCUGAAUUCAUCUUCGAUGUGGACAACAGACUGUAUUACCAUGGAGGUUUCAAGAACGUUUCUGUACUUCACUUUCUCCUGGGCACGGGCGUCCUGGAACACUCUCCUGUCUUCUACCGUUUCUACAAGCCUGUGUUGCAUUGGGGACAGUGUCUGAACACGCCCCUGCUCUUCCUGUUGGGGGUCUCCUCUGUGCUCAUCCUCAGCCUGGUUGUGUUGGUCCGCAGGACUGUCAAUGGUUACAAGCACAAGUGGAUGCUGGGAGUUCGGUUCUCCUUCAACAUGAGCUUCAAGGUCUUCGGUAGCUGGGACUUCUGCAUCCAGGACCCGGCGUCGGCCGCUUUGAAGCAGAGAGUCAUCAGGGAUGAACUCAAGAUGGACCUGGAGGAGGAGCGGUACCACCUGCGAGUGUCCCAGCGGACCUGCCGGCAGAAGCUCUGGCUCUGUUUCAUACGGCUCCUGCUCAACUUCAUGGUCGUGAUUCUGCUGGGCGGCUCCUUCUACCUCAUCUACAGAGCCACCGCAUUUUCCCAGUCUGGCAAGUUACCUGAGAACGAGUUCCUCAGGCUUCUCCAGCAGUACCUCCCCCCCUUCACUAUCACCUUGGUCAAUUUUGUGCUCCCGCAACUUUUCCGGAUCAUCUCCAAAUUCGAGGACUACUCUCUCACCGUCCAGGUCAACAUCACUCUGGUCAGGAGCAUCAUCCUGAAGCUUGCCUGUUUGGGGAUCUUCCUCUUCUUUCUUUAUAUGACUCUCCAGACCAACAAUAAUGAGUGCUGGGAGAAUCAGUUUGGCCAGGAAAUGUACAAACUUCUGGUUUUCGACUUCCUGGCCUGCUUCACUGUCACGUUCUUCGUGAUGUUCCCCAAAACGUUGCUGAGGGAGCAUUUCCCAAAUAACAACCUACUGAAGGUGAUGGGCGUGCAGAAGUUUGUGAUCCCCUUCCACGUGCUGGACCUCAUUUACAGCCAGACCGUCACCUGGGUGGGGGUCUUCUACUGCCCCCUGCUGCCAUUCAUCUCCCUCAUCAAGCUGUUCCUAGUCUUCUAUAUCAAGAAGUUUGCCGUGCGGCGGUGCUGUGACCCCGCCCACCGCGUCUUCCGGGCCUCCAACUCCUCUGUCCUCUUCCACUUCAUCCUGCUCCUGGGGCUCCUGAUGGCGACCGUGGUUCUCGGCAUCACCCUCAACAAGCUGCCUCCUUCCCCAAAAUGCGGUGCGUUCAUGGACAGGGGCACGGUGUUUAACGUCACGGCGGACUGCGUGGACAGCCUGCCCAGAGUCCCCCGCGACCUCAUCCACUUUAUGUCCUCCGAGGCUUUCGCCCUGUCGCUCAUCCUGGCCGAGAUCAUCCUACUGACGUCGUCCAUGUCCCAGAGGAGAGCCAACAACAAGUCCAUCGAGAGGCUGAAGAACAUGCUGGUUAUAUGCAGCUCUGAUAAAUGGUUCCUCGUGAGGCAUCAGUCGGCCUGGCUGCGCAGCCAGUCACCCGAGAGCAGCGACUUUGCAGGCAGCGGGCAGCUCAGUCCCCCACCGCUACAGGAGGACCUGUCCUAGGGGGCGCUGUCAAACCACGCAACACGUGCGCCCACUGGCACCUUGUGAUGAACUCAGGAUGCCUCAGUGACGUUGUGUGGCCUGGCACGACUGCGGCAAGGCCACAUUUGUGGCGGUGAUGCAGGGACACAUUUUAGUGAACUGCGAUUCCCAGCCCAACCAUGUGAACCAAAUGCCGUCCCUUCUGAUUGGGCAUUUCUCACGUUCUGAUAAACCAUGAUUGGGUCAGAUAGACUAUAAGCAUUAUAUCAAAAGUCACCGCUGUAAAUAUGUUUUAUACAUGUAUAUGACUUUAUUGCUGAGUAAAUAUGUUUAUCUGAGUGCAAUUAAACCUGACUUCAAGCAGCGUAUCUCACUGGCUGAGGUGUGACCCGUAAGGUUUCUCAGCCCAGCGCUCUGACGACAUUCGUAGGAGACGCUUCCUAAAAUGGCUUCAGCUCCGGGCAUCGCAGCUUUUCUGGGGACUUUGGCUUGUGUUUCAUGUGUCUCCAGAGAAUAUUAUAGAUAUUAUUUUAACAUUCUUUACAAGCAGUUAAGCAAAUGGCAAUAGCAUGUCCAGAAAAUAUUUGUACAUACAUGCUGUUCAAUAAAGCUUGUUUAUAUUUAUUUGAA